AAGAUCGCACACACAUGACUGAGUGGAUUCUCCCCUAGCUGAAAAAUUCGGAGCGAUCUUCGUGGCUGUUUGGACGUCGUAGAACAGAGGGAGAGAGACGCAGCGAGAGGGAGAUAGAAAAAGAGAGUAGCGGAGGAAUAAGGCAACGUGAAAACGGUAGAGGGGGCAGGCGUCGGCACGGGAUGAGGAGCAAACGACGCUACUGCGCGAAGCGAGUUUGCGACAUCAGUCGAUCGCAGGCAACUCACCGACAGGCGCGCAAGCUUGAGAGCUUUUUUAUAGCUGAUUCUUCUCUAUACACGAAGAAUACGAUUGAAAGAACACAUCGCGCGGUGUGGUCCAGACUCGAGAAGAAAAACCUAAUCGACGCGAAGUCACACGACGAGAAUAGAAAACGAGUUAAACUUUCGGUGGCGAGAGGAACUUCGGGAAACGUACCGGCGAUCGACACGCCAAUUUCGCCGAGAAGAUGAGCACUCCCGUGAAGAAAGUACCGAUCCAUCUGCAGAGCUCACAGAAUCGGCUGCUCAUAAAAAAUGGCAAAGUCGUCAACGAGGACGGAAUCGUCGACAGCGAUGUCUACGUCGAGGAUGGAAUUAUCAAACAGCUGGGCAGAAACCUCAUCAUCCCUGGAGGCACUCGGACCAUCGACGCACGCGGAAAAUACGUGAUGCCCGGAGGUAUCGAUCCCCACACACAUUUCGAGCUGGAACUCAUGGGCGCCACUUCGGUGGAUGAUUUCUAUCAAGGCACCAAAGCCGCUGUUGCUGGCGGUACUACCAUGAUUAUGGAUUUCGUUAUACCCAAAAAGGGCGAGGGCCUCCUCGAGGCUUAUGAGAGAUAUCGAGCCACCGCCGAUGAGAAAGUUUGCUGCGAUUAUGCUCUUCACAUCGGUGUUACCAGCUGGAAUCCCAGGGUCCAAGAGGAAAUGACGACACUCGUCCAGGAACACGGCGUCAACAGCUUCAAAUUUUUCAUGGCUUACCGCGACCUCUUCAUGCUCAGAGACCCGGAACUGAUCUCAGCUUUUGGAGCCUGUAAAAACCUCGGCGCUGUCGCGAUGGUGCACGCUGAGAACGGGGAUUUGGUUGCCGACAACACGAAGAAGCUUCUGGCUGCGGGAGUGACUGGUCCCGAGGGUCACGAAAUGUCACGUCCCGAAGAAGUCGAAGCCGAGGCCGUAAAUAGAGCCUGCGUCAUAGCGAAUCAGGUCAAUUGUCCGUUGUACGUGACCGCUGUAAUGAGCAAAUCCGCGGCGGACGUGAUAAGCGCAAAACGCUCAGACGGCGCUGUCGUUUUCGGCGAGCCAGUCGCCAGCAGCGUCGGAAUCGACGGCGGUGAACAAUACGGCCAAGACGUCGAUAAGGCCAGACGUUUCGUCACUUGCCCACCUUUGAGACCGGAUCCAACGACGCCCGCUUAUUUGGUAGAAAAACUUGCCGAAGACGGCCUACAAGUCACUGGCAGCGACAACUGCACUUUCAAUGCAGACCAAAAAGCCCUGGGCAAGGAUGACUUUUCGAAAAUUCCCAACGGCGUCAACGGCGUCGAGGACCGCAUGGCUGUCGUCUGGGAAAAAGGUGUUCACGCAGGACUCAUGGAUCCUUCGAAAUUCGUCGCUGUGACGAGCACAAAUGCUGCUAAAAUCUUCAAUCUCUAUCCGAGAAAGGGCUUUAUUGGCAUUGGCUCCGAUGCUGACAUCGUCGUAUGGGACCCCAACAGGAAACGAACCAUUUCCGCUAGUACCCACGUUCAGGCUGUGGAUUUCAAUAUUUUUGAGGGUAUGGAAGUUCACGGUGUACCGGAGUACGUAAUUGUCAAUGGCAGAGUAUGCGUCGACGAUUGCGAGGUCAAGGUCGUUCACGGCUAUGGCAAAUUCGUUGAGACCCCGGUUUAUCCUCCACACGUGUACGACUUGAUUGAAGACCGUGAAAAGAGACCACGUGGCGUCGCGAGAAACGGAGCCCAGGCGAAGCGAUACGCGGAGGAGGAUGCGGCAAUCGCAAAGGCGCGCGAGGCUGCGAGAGCAGCAGCCGCUGCACGAGUUAAUCAAACGAACGGAACCCACGAGGUACAGCAUAAGCCAAAACUGCCACAGGUUUCGUGCGUGCCAACGUUGCCGGAUUCUGCGGUCGUAACUCCCUCAGCGAAGGGCCCACGUCUGGAAGGUCAAAGGAAUCUUCAGGAUUCGACUUUCUCUAUCAGCGAGGACGUCGACGAUGCUCGGCGAGCGUGUAUUCGCGUGAACAAUCCACCGGGCGGUCGCAGUGCCGGAGGUUUUUGGUCUGUCUCAACCAAGGAGGAUUCGGAAACGAAGCGCCAGUAAAGCUCACUCUCACGCGCUCCCUUAACCCUGGAUCUCCGUGAUACUACGCGGCUUUUAAAAAAUAUCAAAUUCCAAACCUAUUAAAGCUUAUCGCGAACUUAAUCGGCUUUUCGCGCGCAAUGAAUAAUAAAUAAACGAGCUAAAAAGAAUCGCCGCUUUACUAUUGAUUAGGAGACUCGAAUCUAUCGUGAAAAAAAUUUACGGAGACUAUAAAUUCUCUUAUGUUUUCUGUUUGAACACCUUUUGUAAUUUUUUCCUAACGACUGGACGUGUGAGCACUUGGCAACAGACAGAAAAACCUUGUAACAAGGUGCUUGGGAACAAACAAUUUGCAAAUAAUAUAAAAGCAAAAGAGAAAAAAACUAUUUAAACGAAGUCGAACAGAGCCGUGGUGCAUUUGAACAAUUUUUCUUUCCUAUCAUACGUCGUUGUUUUUGGUUUUUUUUUUUCAUCAUCACGAGUGUUUGAACAUCACGACUGAUAAACAACUCGCCGCAUGUUGAAUCGACGUUACAUUCAGAUUUUAUUGGCGACACAAAGUUUCAUUUUUCCUUUUUUUUUACAACUCAAACAAACAGAGGCUUCGUAAGCACAUAUUACACAUUGUACACGAAACAAAAGAGUGCGUAGAGUCUUUAAAUUAAUGUGAACAAUUGCGUGUCCCAAGAGACACGCUCAAGAUCAUAAAUUAUUAUUAAAUUAUACGCUAAUUGUAAUUGUAUUUAAUAAACGAGUAAAUUAAAUAACUAAGGUACGUUUAUACAUUGAAACAAAUGAAUAUAACGAGUAAGCGUCGUUUCAUGACGGUGUCCCAAGAGACCCGCUCAAGAUCAUAAAUUAUUAUUAAAUUAUACGUUAAUUGUAAUUGUAGUUAAUAAACGAGUAAAUUAAAUAACUAAGGUACGUUUGUACACACAAACGUUUAUGAAACAAAUGAAUAUAACGAGUAAACGUCGAUUCAUGAAAAUUGCGCAUCGGAUAUAUAUAUAACCCCUAGCGGAUUGUAGGACCAGGAUUUUGCUCGAAACGACUACAAAAACGACCGAAAUUGGUUGUUUUUGUACUUUUUUCGAUCGUUUCCUGGUCGUACGAUCCGCUAGUGACCGUACGCAUUUACAAUACACAUAUACAUAUAUAUUAUAUUAUUAUAUAUUAUAGCUAAAACUGCGAAGCAGCAAAAUUUUACGGUUUACACGAAAAAUCCGACUAGAUAUUACAUUCAAAUACAUCACAUUGUUUCCAUCGAUUAAUAACACCACGAAAAAACGAAUUGUUUUACGACAUUGUGUUCCACAUUAUUAUUUGACAAUUAUAAUAGACAUUGCGAUUGAUAAUUUUUAAAGAAACGCGACGCACAAUACAGUCGAUUAUUUACGACAUAAAUGUGUUAUAUUUAAAAAAAAAAAAACAGAAGCGGAAAAGAGAAUCGAAGAUCAAGAGUGCGUUAUUUGCUUAAGUCUUAAAAGAAAAAAGCAAACAAGUGUGUUUAUUAGGAUGGGUUAAAAAAAGCAAUUUGUUUUUUUUUUUUGGAUCCGACACAGAAAAACUAGAUCCCGGACACCUCUAUAGAAAGUACUUAUAAAAAAUGAGGUCUUAAUGUUAAAGGGAAGAUCUUUCUCAUCACGGUUUCCAUUUUUAUUUCAGUCUCAUAAAAAUGACCAUAUUUCCUCUCUAAGCGAUUAUUAAGACAAUCCUCUAUGCAUAUUUUUGUAGGAAAUCGAACGCCCUACAAAAGAGGCCUCUUACACUUUUUUCAUUAACCCGACUAUUUACUGGAGGAUUUCAGGGUUGAAAGUUGAAGAAAAUAUUGAAAAAAAGUUUUUUUAUGUUUAGUUUGGUUACUUAGUGAAAAAUAAUUAUUGUCAAAUGCAUAUUUCCAUAGGAAAUUAAACGCUCUCCAAAAAAGGUUUCUCCGCUUUGAUCGCUUACUCUAACCGUUUAGCAUAUAUUCGUAUUCGAAUCCCAAUGUGUACUGAUUUUAGCAGUUUUUUAAUAACUAUUUUAAAUUUACCCAUAUAAUUCAUGGACUUUGAGAAUAUUUAUAAAAAUUUGAGUCCGUUUCGAUAGAACAACAGCUUCCAGCUCACGCCUUAUCUUUUGUUUGGGAAUAUAUUUCUUUUUAAUCAAUUUUUUAUAAAAAUUUUCUUUUCAAAAACUCAAUUUUUUUAGGUCCAUUUUAAAACAACAAGAAACAAAAAGACUAAAUUUUCGAUUCACUAUUUGACUUUUUAACAACCUUUGUGUUACCGAUUUCUUAAGUUUGAAGUUUUUUGUAUUCUCGACUAUUUAUUAUGACGUAAUAAUAAUUACCCCAUAUUACAUGAUUUUUUAUAUCAUAUUUUGACUUCUUGAAAUGAUAAUAUUGUGAAAAAAAUUAUUUCCAAACAAAAGAUAAGAUAUAAAUUAGAAGCUAUUAUUCUAUCGAAAUAGACUCAAAUUUUUAUGAAUAUUCGCAAAAUCCAUGAAUUAUAUGGGUUAAUAUAAAAUAGUUAUUAAAGAAUUAUUAAAAUUAGUACGCGCAUCGGGAUUCGAAUACAAAUAUAUGCUGAACACUUAGAGUAAUCGAUUAAACCGAAGAGAUCUGUUUUAUAGAGCGCUGAAUUUCCUACGGAAAUAAGCCGUAUUCAUUCGACAAUAAUUAUUUUUCAGUAAGUACCCCAAAAAAGGGUUCAACAAGUUCUUCAACCUCUAACCUCGAAUAAUCCGUAAAUGGUUAGAUUAAAAAAGUGUAAGAGGCCUUUAAAGGUACUGGUUUAACAAACGAUUGAAGAUGAAAUAUGGUCAUUUUUAUAUGAGACUGAAAUGAAAAUGAAAAACCGUCAUAAGAAGGUUCUUCUUCUCAAUAUUAAGCUCAUUUUUGCUGAGUAUCUUCUAGAGGUGCCUAGUUUUUUUGUGACGAAUCCAAAAAAGCAAAGUCGAAUUUUUUUACCCAGCCUAGUAAUUAUUAUAAGUUGCGCCUGUACCGAGUAGAAGAUAUAUUUAUAAGGUUAUUGACACUGACAUUUGAGUAUAUAUUUCAUCUACUGUUGACACUGACACUUGAAUUUAUAUUUCAUCUACCAUUGACAUUGACACGUGAAUAUAUAUUCCAUCAAACAUUGACAUUGACACGUGAAUAUAUAUUUCAUCAAACAUUGACAUUGACACGUGAAUAUAUAUUUCAUCAAACAUUGACAUUAACACGUGAAUAUAUAUUUCAUCAAACAUUGACAUUGACACAUGAAUAUAUAUUUUAUCAAACAUUGACAUUGACACUUGAGUAUAUACUUCAUUUACCAUUGACAUCUACCAUUGACAUUGAAACUUGAGUAUAUAUUUCAUCUACGAUUGACAUUGAGAUUAAUUGUUAAGACGUUAAUAUUUAUCCAGCAUGUUUUGCCAGUUACUUUAUUUUUCAUUUUUGAAUAUAUAUUAUAUUGUACCACGACAUUAUUACGAUUAGAAUUUGUUAAGUCUGUUAAAGCUUGUUACAAACCGUCAGUCACUCGUAAUUUAUUAUCAUCGAUAACGAAAAAGAAUGUUUCAAAAUCAUGAAUUUCACUUUUUUUUAACUCAUCUUUUUUGUAUGUCUGAAAAAAUUCAAGGGAAAAAAGAAUCCAACGAUUUUUAAUUCUUCUGCAAAUUUUGAAACUCAUUCGAAAAUUGUUUUCUUCUUAAAUGAAAUAACGAAUUGUUCGUCAUUGGUCUUUUGGUUUGUACGAAUUUUAUGACACGUCAAAUUACGAAAAGUCAAAUGAAGAAAGUCUCUACAGUUAUCGAUAUCUCGAUAUGUUUACAUCCACAAAAUACAGAGUUGAAAGACGUAGAAACAUUACACAUCCUGUCCUUAAUUCCCCCCCCCCUCCGUCUCAUUGAGUCAUUCAUUUUAGAAAUAAGCAAAUAAUUGUUUCAUGUCUCGGAUAUAUAAUAAUGAAGAAUCUAAGAUCAUAUUACAGAUAAGAUUUAUAGAAAUGAGCAGACAGUGCACCAUUGCAAAGACCUCCAAAGUUUUUGUUAUUCAACGUUAAAAACGAAAAUAACGUUGAAAACGAAAUAGAGAAAAAACGAACGAAAAAUGAUUCUUAAUAUAAAAAGGCCUAGAGCUCUUAGAAAUUGAAGAAUUUGUAAACAGCGUCGAAAUUUUUGUACCUAAAAUAGGUGAAUUCUAAAAGUAGAAUCUUUAGCGUUUAACUAUAAGAAGGAAAGAGACGAAAACAAAGAAAAGAUUAUUUCAAAAGAACAUGCAGAGGCUGAUAAAUUUCAAGGAGCAAAAUAUUUGCUUAGAAUUUAGACAGCCAAGAAUCUUUGACGUCGACAUAUCGAUGAUGCGAUUAGCUCGUUUACAAUUAUUCAUUCUUCGAGGCAAAUCGAUUGGGCUAUAAGAGCGUGAAACGACGAAAAAUGGUCUUUUGCAGCCAGUGCCUGUCUGCUGGCAUACUAGUUUAUUCCUUGUCAGUUUGAAUAUUAUUUAAUAAUAUUUCAAACUGUCAAUUCGUCAGUUUAAAUAUUUUAAUAAUACUUCAAACUGACAGUCACUGUGGGUAUUCUAACUCCAAAGAAACGUGAAUAACGUUAAAAUAGUUCUGUAUCGCAACCAUUUACUCCCCCAUAGUUCAUCAUCCUCUGGUAUAAUAGGGUAUUCACAUUUUCUACGAAAAUUUUUAUAACGAAAUAUAAUCUACCCUGAAAUCCGGUUUGGAAAAAUAGAUUGUACCCUGCAUUCGAGUUGUACUGAGAUUUGUAUCCAGUAAAUGAGAAAGGCAUGACAAUUAUACAUUGAGGCAAAUGUUUUUUAACGAGCAUAUACGAAUGAAUGAACAUCAAUACCUAAAUGAGCAAACAUUUAGUGUUUGCUUCCCAGGCUUUAUGUUUCAUGUCUUUCUUUCAUUUUUGUGUGUCGUUAUUUUAAUGUCGUGCCAGAUGGAACAAGUCAACAGACUUACAUUUUCGACAAAAAACGUGCAUCACAUUCAUAAUUGAAUAAAUAUACGUUAUAUUCUGAGUGUUUAUUUCAAAAAUUAAAUUUUUGUUAAUCCCUGUCGUGUUAGAUUGCAUCAGUUGACUAGUCGUCAUCGAAACGACGACUUUCAUCACAUUGAUAAUCUUUCAAAAUAUAUGCAUUAUUUUAGCCCUGAUUGACAUUUCGUAAUGUUUUUCAAAAAUUAGAUUUUCUUUUUUUGUUUGCAUAUAUGUUGCACGACAUGUCUUUUCUUUAUUUUUUUUGAUGAUCACUUUAUGAUCACAUUUCCAAUAGAUUAAAUACACGGAUUAUUUCAUUAUGACAUUGAAUAUUUUUGUUUGAGAAAUUAAAUUUUCAAUUUUUCGCUACUGAUCUCAAUUUCAAUUGUGAUCAGUUGCUUGCUUUGUACGUCGAGCGGCCCUCUUAUCUUGUAGAUCACUUUUAUGACCACAUUAAUAAUGCAUUAAAUAUAAUUUUUUUAUAAUCCAUUAAAUAUAAUUUUUUUAUAUUCCAUUAAAUAUAAUUUUUUUAUAUUCCAUUAAAUAUAAUUUUUUUAUAAUCCAUUAAAUACACGCAUUAUUUUAUCUUACAUUAAAUAUCUGUUUCAAAAAUUAAAUUUUCAAUCUUUCUUUAGUGAUCCCAAUUCCAUUCGGGUUCAAUUGCAUAUACGUCAAACGACUUUUCUUUCUCUUUUUUAAAGACCACUUUAUCACAUUUGCAAUCCAUUAAGGGGGUUCCCCCGUGCAGCAACUUGAUUUUUGGGAGUUUUUUCGCGAUAUUUGUGCGGCGAGAAAAAAAAACAUAGACUUUUAAAUUUUGAAGGGUUUAUUUAUUGCUAUUUCGACUCUAUCGGAGAAUUUUUUAACUCUGGUAUCUCGGGUAGGUUCGGUGCAAAACUACUCUACAGGAACAGACAUGUUCGUCCAUGGUCUCCACGAUUCCGGGGUCAAGAAAUCCCCCGGAAUCGUGGGAACUAUGGCGAAGCAUGUGGGUUCCUGUGGAGUAGUUUUACGUCGAGUCUACCAGAGAUACCAGAGUUAAAAAAUUCUCCCAUAAAGUCAAAAUUGCCAUAAAUGAACCCUUCAAAUUUUAAAUGUCUAUGUUUUUUUUUGCCACAAAAAAAUCUGAAAAAACCUUGAAAAGUCCGGCCACCAUACGGGGUGAUCCCCUUAAAUACACGCAAUAUAUCAUUAUUUCAUUAUACAUCUGUUUCAAAAACUAGACUUUCAACUUUCCUCUGCCGGUUUCAAUUCCUUCCGUGUCCAAUUGCAUAUAAGUCGAUGGACUUCUCUUUUCAACGGCGAGUUAUAUAUCAUAUUUAUAAUAGACAAAAUACAGGUAUUUUUUCGUGAUUGACAUUAAUUCGCAACUUUUUUUGGUCUUUUUGGUUCUUUUUGGCUUUUUUUGGCUUUUAUGGCCUUUCUGGAUUUUUUUGACUUUUUUCACAACUAUACGAUUUUUGUCCAUGCAGUGAAUAACGGAGUAUCUUGUUUUUUGGCUUUUUCGUAUUUUUUGGCUUUUUUUUUGGCUUUUCUGGCCCUUUUGGAUUUUCUUGGCUUUUUUCACAACUAUACGGUUUUAGUCCAUUCAGUGAAUUUAGAGUCGCAGCAGCGACUCUGAGACAAGCACAUUUAUAGGAUUAUUAUGUAUGCUCUAUAUAUUGAGCAGGUGCUUGCAGGGAAUGAAAGUUGGUAUUCGUGUGUCCUUCAUUAUCAUCGCUGUCCUCAAAGCAUGAUUUAUUGUUUUUAUACUAUGAAUAUCUCGCUCGAUCGUCGUCAACGAUUCGUUCGAACAAAUAAAUCGAAAUAAUAUGAAAAUGUGCUAAUCUUAAGUGUUCAAAAUGAAUUUUUUUGUUUUGGCGACGCGCAAUUGUGUAGGAAAAUAUUUGCGACAACAAGAAAAAAAGAAGAGAGCGUAUAUUAGUUGAUACUUAAGAAAUAAGAAAUGAUACCAUUCAGAGUAUCUGUUUAUGUCUGUUACAAUGUAUAUGUGAUUGCUUUAAAUAAAUAAAAUAUAUAUAUACAUAUAUAUAUAUAACAAUGAUA